AAAAUGUCAACUUCAAACCAACCACUUCGUUUCGGUGUCCUUGGAAUUGGACGUAUGGGAAUUAGACACGCUUUAAACGUCGUAAAUGAACCUCGAGCACAGCUUGUAGCAGUCGCAGAUCCACGUAAAGAUGUCCUCGAAGCAUCAAAAGAGAUCCUAGGUGAAAAUGUUAAGCGCUUUAUUUCUGAAGAAGACGUUAUCAAUGACCCGUCUAUCCAAGCUAUCUUGGUAGCUAGUGACACCACCCAACAUCCAAUUUUGGCUCUUAAAGCGAUCAAGGCAGGCAAGCACUUGCUUCUUGAAAAGCCUAUCGCCGUAAACCUCGAUGAUGCAGCUCCAGUUGUCGCUGAAGCCAAGAGAAACCCACAUUUGAAAAUUUUGGUCGGUAUGUCUCGUCGUUUCGAUGAUAGCUACAGGGAAGCAUUCAACAGAAUCCAGUCUGGCGAACUUGGUGAUGUAUUCCAUUACUAUGGUGUCACUAAUGACCAGUACAAUGCCGAAAUUGUCGAUUUCUUCGUCGGUUACUCGAAAGUUAGCGGAUCCAUCCUCGUUGAUUGUGGUAUCCACGAUGUAGACUUGAUGAGAUGGUACAUGGGUCCAAAUGAGAAGGUCAAGAAGGUCUACGCAGCUGGAUACAAUGCAAGAAUGCACAGAUUGAAAGAAUCAAGAGAUGCUGACAAUUCAGUCGCCACUAUUGUCUUCGAAAGUGGUAAGCUCGCCAAUAUUUACCUUUCAAGAACCGCAAUUCAUGGUCAUGAGUGCUGGGCACAAAUUACGGGUGAAAAUGGUAUGAUCAAGGUGAACACUGACAAUGCAAUGAACAGAGUUACAUUAGCAGACGAACACGGAUACCGUAAGCUCACCACACAAGAUUACUAUGAUAGAUUUAGAGGCGCUUUUGCUAAUGAGAUGAGAGAAUUCACCAGUGCAGUCCUCGACAACACACCUCUCCCCCUCAACAUCGAUGAUGCGUUUGAAGCUAGCAAGAUCUGUGUUGGUCUGCAAAUGGCCUUCAGAUCAGAUGAACAGAUCUUCUUUGACAAGAAUGGUUAUCCAAUCCCACCGAAAGGAAUCGCCCCAUCUAGACUUUGAGCAUGUAUUUUGUACUUUUCAAUAGAUUCGUCUUACUAAAGUUU